AAUACAGACAUGAAACUAGCUAGCAGUUUCCAUAACAAUUACGCUGCAAGUUUCCUACUGAAGUAUCACCAACUACCUCAAUGCCUAACCUAUCAGCCCAACGUUUAUUAUAUGUACUUCGUUUCAAAAUCAUACAUUUAUUGUAAACCCAUUAAACUUGUGCUAACAGAUAUCGAAUUAAAAAACAGAGUUUGAUUCUCAAAAAUCAAAUAAAAGACCAUUCCAACAACCACCUAUAUUUCAAGUCCACGCCCCCCUGCAUCAAGUCAAGCUUAGUAUUUCAUUCCAACAACCACCUAUGUAUUAAAAUUAUACAUUCAUUGUAUACAAUUCCCAUUCUAGCUAUUCAUUGUUUACAAUUCUAGUAAUCUCCACAUAUCUGAUAUUCGUAAUAGUGAAUUCAACAUAUGGCUGAAGCUGUAGUUAAAGUUCUGUUAGAGAAUCUUACUUCUUUCCUCAAAGGGGAAAUUGUAUUGCUUUUCGGUUUUGAAAAUAAAUUCCAAAGGCUUUCAAGCAUGUUUUCUACAAUCCAAGCCGUCCUUGAAGAUGCUCAGGAGAAGCAACUCAACGACAAACCACUAGAAAAUUGGCUGCAAAAACUCAAUGUUGCUACGUAUGAAGUCGAUGACAUCUUGGAUGAAUAUAAAACUAAGGCCACACGAUUCUCCCAGUCUGCAUAUGGCCGUUAUCAUCCAAAGGUUAUCCCUUUCCAUCACAAGGUUGGGAAAAGGAUGGACCAAGUGAUGAAAAAACUAAAUGCAAUUGCAGAGGAAAGAAAGAAUUUUCAUUUGCACGAAAAGAUUACAGAGAGACAAGCUGUUAGACGGGAAACAGGUUCUGUAUUAACUGAACCCCAAGUUUAUGGAAGAGACAAAGAGGAAGAUGAGAUAGUGAAAAUCCUGAUAAACAAUGUUAGUGAUGCCCAACACCUUUCAGUCCUCCCAAUACUUGGUAUGGGGGGGCUAGGAAAGACGACUCUUGCCCAAAUGGUCUUCAAUGAUCAAAGAGUAACUGAGCAUUUCUAUCCCAAAAUAUGGAUUUGUGUCUCGGAUGAUUUUGAUGAGAAGAGGUUGAUAAAGGCAAUUGUAGAAUCUAUUGAAGGAAGGCCACUACUUGGUGAGAUGGACUUGGCUCCACUUCAAAAGAAGCUUCAGGAGUUGCUGAAUGGAAAAAGAUACUUGCUUGUCUUAGAUGAUGUUUGGAAUGAAGAUCAACAGAAGUGGGCUAAUUUAAGAGCAGUCCUGAAGGUUGGAGCAAGUGGUGCUUUUGUUCUAGCCACUACUCGUCUUGAAAAGGUUGGAUCAAUUAUGGGAACUUUGCAACCAUAUGAGUUGUCAAAUCUGUCUCAAGAAGAUUGUUGUUUGUUGUUCAUACAACGUGCAUUUGGACACCAGGAAGAAAUAAAUCCUAACCUUGUGGCUAUUGGAAAGGAGAUGGUGAAAAAAUGUGGUGGUGUGCCUCUAGCAGCCGUGACUCUUGGAGGUAUUUUGUUCAGAAAGAGCUCAGAAAGAGAGUGGGAAAAUGUGAGAGAUAGUGAGAUUUGGAAUUUGGCUCAAGAUGAAAGUUCUAUGCUGCCUGUCCUGAGGCUGAGUUAUCAUCAUCUUCCACUUGAUUUGAGACAAUGCUUUGUGUAUUCUGCAGUGUUCCCAAAGGACACCAAAAUGGAAAAGGAAAAUCUAAUCUCUCUUUGGAUGGCACACGGUUUUCUUUCAUCGAAAGGAAACUUGGAGCUAGAGGAUGUGGGUAAUGAAGUAUGGAAUGAAUUAUAUUUGAGGUCUUUCUUCCAAGAGAUUGAAGUUAGAUAUGGUAAAACUUAUUUCAAGAUGCAUGAUCUCAUCCAUGAUUUGGCUACAUCUCUGUUUUCAGCAAACACAUCAAACAUCAAUAUCCGUGAAAUAAAUGCAGAAGUUUACUUCAUUAGGGGGCACGGUAGUUUCAUUGAUGAGAAAGAUUAUAUACCUAGGAAGCCCAUUGGUUUUGCUAAAGUUGUGUCUUCUAUCUCUCCUUCACUCUUGAAACAGUUUGUCUCGUUGAGGGUACUCAAUCUAAGUUACUUAAGACUUAAGCAGUUACCUUCUUCCAUUGGAGAUCUAGUACAUUUAAGAUAUUUGAACCUGUCUCGCAAUGCAAUGCGUAGUCUUCCAGAAAGGUUGUGCAAUCUUCAAAAUCUGCUGACUCUUGAUCUACGGUUGUGCUCAAACCUUUGUUGUUUGCCAAAACAAACAAGUAAACUUGUUAGUCUCCGGAAUCUAAAACUUGAUCGCCGUUCAUUGAAAUAUAUGCCACCAAGGAUAGGAUCUUUGACAGGCCUUAAGACUCUAAGUAACUUUGUUGUGGGCGAGAGGAAAGGUUGUCAACUUGGGGAACUAGGAAGCCUAAAUCUCUAUGGCUCAUUUGAAAUCACAAAUCUUGAGAGAGUGAAGAAUCAUAAGGAUGCAAAAGAAGCCAAUUUAUGUGCAAAAGGGAAUCUGCAUUCAUUAAUCAUGAAUUGGAACAUGUCCGGACCACAUAGAUAUGAAUCAGAAGAAGAUAAAGUGCUUGAAGCCCUCAAACCACACCCCAAUCUGAAAUAUUUAGAAAUCAAUUGGUUCAGAGGAAUCCGUCUCCCAGAGUGGAUGAAUCACUCAGUAUUGAAAAAUAUUGUCUCUAUUAUAAUUAACAAAUGCAGAAACUGCUCGUGCUUACCACCCUUUGGUGAGCUGCCUUGUCUAGAAAGUCUAGUGCUAUGGAACGGGUCUGCGGAUGUGGAGUAUGUUGAAGAAGUGGAUAUCGAUGUUGAUUCUGGAUUCCCCACAAGAAUAAGGUUUCCAUCCUUGAGGAAACUUGCUAUAUGGGACUUUCGUAAUCUGAAAGGAUUGCUGAAAAAGGAAGGAGGAGAGCAAUUCCCUGUGCUUGAAGAGAUGAAAAUUAAGUGGUGCCCUGUGUUUGUUAUUCCAACCCUUUCUUCUGUCAAGAAAUUGGAAUUGGAUCCAACACCUUUAUGGUCCAUGUCUAAUCUUAGGAAUCUUACACCUUUCAGGUCCAUAUCUAAUCUUAGGAAUCUUACUUCCCUCAACAUUAGCUAUAGCAAUAGCAAUGAAGCAACUUCACUCCCAGAAGAGAUGUUCAAAAACCUUGCAAAUCUCAAAUACUUGAAUAUCUCUAAGUUCAAGAAUCUCAAAGAGCUGCCUACCAGCCUGGCUAGUCUCAAUGCUUUGGAGAGUCUGAAAAUUGAAUAUUGUGAUGCACUAGAGAGUCUCCCAGAGGAAGGGGUGAAAGGUUUAACUUCACUCACAAAGUUAUCUGUUCAAAAUUGCAAGAUGCUAAAAUGUUUACCGGAGGGAUUGCAGCACCUAACAGCCCUCACAACUUUAACAAUUGGUAUAUGUCCAAUAGUGUUCAAGCGGUGUGAGAAGGGAACAGGAGAAGACUGGCACAAAAUUUCUCACAUUCCGUAUCUGUGUAUUUUUUAGUAGUAAUAUUUAUAAUUGUUUCUUUGUUUGUGAGUCUUUUUAGUUCCUCCCAUUGUGAUUGCAUGUAAUUUUUUCUAGGGUUGUUUGUUUGUGAAUUGUGAGUCUCUCUCAUUGGAUGUAAUUUUAUUUUGGAAACAAAUUAACAAUCUAUUUGUAUUA